UACGUGCCAAUUCAGGACGGACCUCUUGCACAUCACGUCGAUUGCUUUCUGCCUAGCACAUGUCGACGCGAUGGCGACGCUCGUGUUUCGCUGCAAUGUUGAAAGCAGAUAGUACCGCAUAAAACGAAUAGAUAACGGUAUUUUUCUGAGUCACGAGGAAGGAGAUGGUUGUGGUGUGCACGUGAAUCUCGAGUCAGUGUUGCGAUAGCUGCGAGAGAACGAGGAUUGUCCGGUUGUUUUUCGAGACGAUCCUGUGGAAUUUGUUGAAGGCAAUAUAUUUCUGCGAGACCAUCCGCACAAAUUGCACAGAUCGACUUCUCUCUCGUCGUGACAUCAUCGCGAUCUUGACGUCGCGGUCAUGGACAGAACACGACUUGCAUUUGUCACGGCUGCCGCUGUAGGUGCUGGCACAGCGGCUUUCUUUAUUUGGUGGUGGUGGAUCAAAAAACAGAAGCCUCAGCUACCAUCGAAAUGGCGAAAAGUAGGAGAACUGAGCGAUCUAGUCGUGUUCCCGAUUAAAUCACUUGGCGCUGUUCGCAUGAACGAGAUGGAAUGCACGAUACUAGGUCUAAAAUCGGGUUGGUUAAGAGAUCGUACGUUGAUGGUUCUCGAUCUUGAAGGGCGAUUUCUCACCGCCAGACAGUUACCCAAAAUGGUCAAUGUACUACCCGAAGUUUCCGGUUCCGUAUUAACGCUUCGUGCUCCGGGAAUGAUGUCGAUAUCAGUGGAUUUCGCUCAGCUUCGCGGUAAAAGCUUCCGUACUGCUGUUUGGGGUCAAGCGGUACCGGCUCGCGAUUGUGGUGAAGAAGUUGCUCGAUGGCUGUCACGCUUCCUUCUUCAGGAGGAUACUGGUCUUAGAUUGGUCUACUAUCCAGUGGAUGGACCUGCGAGAGAUGUAAGAAAAGAUGAAAAGGCCUUUCCUUUAGCGACGCCGUUGGAUACCGGAGCUUACCCAGAUGAAUCAAGUUACAGUCUGCUCAAUGAAGCUUCGCUGACAGACCUUAAUAACCGAUUGGAUGAACCUGCCGUGGCGCAGCAAUUUCGUAUGAAUUUUCUGGUCAAGGGUGCAACUGCUUUCGAGGAGGAUAAAUGGGAUUGGGUGAAAAUCGGAAAUGUGAUUUUCAGAAAUAUUAGACCAUGCACAAGAUGCAUUUUUACUACGGUGAAUCCAGAAACUGGAACGAAACAUCCCAAUGUCGAACCUCUGAAGACUUUAAAAAGUUACAGACAAAUAACCGACCCGGAAAUUCGACCCUCAGUUGGCGACAGUCCAGCUAUGGGACUUCAUCUCGCACUACGAGGAUCAAAUGGGAAGGUUCGUUUAGGCGAUUCGAUUUAUGUGAAUGUAGAAGAGGAGACAGUACCCUCUUUAACUUCGCCAUCAUAGCUACAUCGUUGGGACUCCUGUGAGAUUUUAAAAUACGAGCAGGAGCUGUGAGAUUUUAAAACACGAGCCUCACUGAUUUGAUGGUCGAAAAAUUAUAAAAAGCGAAGUCUGGAAUUUAACAAUGAAGUAUUUGUAUUAUGCGCACAAUUCAUGUGUGUAAGAGACAUCCUUAAUUAGAAAUAUACGAUUGAGAUGUUUCUCUCAACGAUAAGAAUCAUAAAAUUAUAACAAUGAUUACUGAUGUCUUAUUAAAAUCAAUAUCUUACGAAAUUGAAAGUUUCGUACUACAGAGAUGUAAAAUGAACAACGAUGCAGGAUUAAAUAAUCCUAAAUCAGGCAAUUUAAAUCUCUUCAAUUUCUGUGUCAUGGAAUUGCGAUAGUAGUUUAAAAGAUGUAGCCUAAAAGUUUGAAAAUAUAUAUUUUGCUAUAUUGUUAAAAAAUUAA